AUGGCGCGUCCGCAGCUCCCGCCGGCGCUGGGCCUGGCCCUGCUCGCCUUCUGCCUCCUGGCGCUGCCCCGCGCCGCCCGGGCCCGGCCCGGGGAGCGCCUGGUGGGCGGACUGACCGACCUGAAGCCCAACGACCCGCAGGUGCAGAAGGCGGCGCAGGCCGCCGUGGCCAGCUACAACAUGGGCAGCAACAGCCUCUACUACUUCCGCGACACGCGCAUCCUCCGCGCGCAGAGCCAGUUGGUGGCCGGCAUCAAGUACUACCUGACGGUGGAGAUGGGGAGCACAGCCUGCCGCAAGAGCGCGGUGACCGGAGACCGCAUGGACCUCACCACCUGCCCGCUGUCCGCAGGGGCACAGGAGGAGAAGCUGCGCUGCGACUUUGAGAUCCUGGUGGUUCCCUGGGAGAACUCCUCCAGCCUCCUCAAGCACCACUGCGUGCCGGUGUAG